AGGAGGAGGAGGAGGAGGAGGAGGAGAGGCAGCAGGAAACCCAGCCCACCCUUUGGCUUCCUCCUGCCUCCUUCUAAAACCUGCAGACUCCUCCAGCCCGUCCAAGCGCCUGAAGUUGCCUCAGCCCCGCUGCCGGACUGCGAGGGUCUGCUGAAAGAUGAGGGCCUGGAUCUUUUUCCUUCUCUGCCUGGCAGGCAAAGCCCUGGCAGCUCCGCAGGAGGCUCUGCCCGAUGAGACAGAGGUCAUUGAAGACCCCACCACAGAGGAGCCUGUGGGGGCCAACCCCGUCCAGGUGGAGGUGGGAGAGUUUGAGGAACCCACAGAGGAUGUAGAGGAGAUUGUCACAGAGAAUCCCUGCCAGAACCACCACUGCAAGCAUGGCAAGGUGUGCGAGGUGGAUGACAACAACUCGCCCAUGUGUGUGUGCCAGGACCCCUCCAGCUGCCCAGCCACCGCCGGUGUCUUCGAGAAGGUCUGUGGCACUGACAACAAGACCUAUGACUCCUCCUGCCAUUUCUUUGCCACCAAGUGCACCUUGGAGGGAACCAAGAAGGGACACAAACUGCACCUGGACUACAUUGGGCCUUGCAAAUUCAUCCCUGCCUGCCUGGACACAGAGCUGACCGAGUUCCCCCUGCGCAUGCGGGACUGGCUCAAGAACGUGCUGAUCACCCUGUACGAGCGCGAUGAGGACAACAACCUGCUGACCGAGAAGCAGAAGCUCAAGGUGAAGAAGAUCCAUGAGAAUGAGAAGCGCCUGGAGGCUGGAGACCACACCGUGGAGCUGCUGGCCCGUGACUUUGAGAAGAACUACAACAUGUACAUCUUCCCCGUGCACUGGCAGUUCGGGCAGCUGGACCAGCACCCCAUUGAUGGGUACCUGUCCCACACCGAGCUGGCCCCUCUCCGUGCUCCCCUCAUCCCCAUGGAGCACUGCACCACUCGCUUCUUCGAGGCUUGUGACCUGGACAACGACAAGUACAUUGCCCUGGAGGAGUGGGCCAGCUGCUUCGGCAUUAAGGAGCAGGACAUUGACAAGGAUCUUGUGAUCUAAACCCCCAGCUUCCUCCUCUGCUGCCAACUUUGUCUUAUUUUAACCUUCCCACUUCCUUUGGUUUUUAAACCGCUUUUGUUUUGUUUUGUUUUGUUUUUCCCUGGGAACAAGGUGCUAAUAUAGACCUAAACAUAUGUAGGAAUGGUGCUAAGAGAAAUAACAGCCCUCAUUCAUAGCCUAAUCUAUUACCACUAGAUUACUCACUCUGUUUCCACAAGCUUCCACCAGCUGUUUCUCUCUCUGACGUGUCUUUACCAUUGACUGACCCUGUUCCUGUCCUAAAUAUCCUCUCUGUCUCAGUAUCCGCUCUCAGAUCGACUUCUCUUAACAUCUUACUAACAGCACGUUCUUGGACACGUCCGCAUUAGACGCAAAGACCUCUCAGCUGAUUCACAGCCCGAUAUUGACCACCAGCAAGGGAAGGCAGAGCAAGGGAAGGCAGAGGAUGUAGGAGGACUGUGCUUUUCCAGCAGAGCAGCUGUGGGUGACACUGAGGUUGCCCAGCUCGUGGUAGGGGGAUGGAGAGGGAUGAGAAAGAUACAGAGCGGUAGGAUUUUGUUUUUCCCACUUCCCCCCACCCCAUUCCCAGGGAUUGAAUUGAACAAUCACUAGGCACAAAAAGAAGGGCUAAUCAACCAAAUGGAUAGGCAAGUGCACAAAAUUCAGAACCAAUGAGAUGAAAUGCAUCCCACCCUGUAAAAUCCUCUCCACCAAUAAAGGUUUGAAAGUGCUAUGUGCUUUACCAUUA